AUGACUCAUACCACCACCAAAGACGGGUCCGCCGACCACAUCGAGCACCUCGAAAAGGGUCUCGCCACACCAUCAACCUCAUCCGACACAAUUGACUUAAAGCUCGCAACCAAGCUGCGCCAUCGAGUCGACUGGCGUUUAAUCCCAGCCCUAGGCGCCAUGUAUGGUAUCAGUCUCAUGGAUCGCAAGAACGUAAGCAACGCUGCAAUUGCUGGCAUGCUUUCCGACCUGCGCAUGAGUCGUGGAUACGGAUACAACCUUGUCAACCUGUGCUUCUUCAUCACAUACGUCCUAUGCCAGCCGUUUAUGAUCAUCGUAUGCCGCAAAGUCGGGCCGCGGCUGUUCUUGCCUGGUAUCUGCGUUGCGUGGGGUGCGGUCAUUGUUGGUUUUGGGUUCACGAAUAAUUGGCAGAGUCUUGUUCCGUUGAGGUUGGUGCUGGGGUUGCUUGAGAGUGGAUAUUUUCCUGGUUGUCUUUACCUUUUGUCAUGCUGGUACACGAAGUUUGAGGUCGCAAAGCGCUACAGCGUUUUCUACUUCGUUGGUAGUAUUGCAUCGGCAAUGAGCGGUAUUCUUGCAUAUGGGCUACAGCAGAUGGAAGGUGUCCAGGGAAUCCGUGGAUGGCGGUGGAUCUUCAUCAUGGAAGGUGUGAUUACAAUCGGCGUCGCGCUAUUCGCCAUCACAUUCAUUGUGAAAUUUCCAGACGAAGAAAAGGCCAAACCGUCCUGGGGCUUUCUCAAGCCUCAUGAGCUUGACGUAGUGAUCGAUCGGCUCAAUGCCGAUAGAAACGACGCGACGGCAGAGAAAUUCUCCUGGAAAAAGUUCCUGGAGCCAGCAAAGGACUGGUACAUCUACGCGUUUGCACUCAUCCUGCUCUUCGUCACGACCAUCGCGUAUGGCUUCGCCUUCUUCUUACCCAUCAUUCUGUCCACCAAGCUCAAAUUCAGCAUAGCGAUGAGCCAAUGUCUCGGUGCGCCCCCAUACGCCGCGAGUGGCUUCUUAAUGUACGGUGCGGCGUGGUUCAGCGACAAGUACAAGACGCGAGGUCCCGUGCUGGUGGUCUUGUGCUUGGUUUCACUCAUCGGGUUACCUAUCAUGGGCUUCGCGUCAAACCCUUGGGCGCAAUACGUUGGUGUUUUCAUUACUGUAUCGGGCACCAACUCCGCGAUUCCAAGCGUCAUGGCUUACCAAGCGAACAACAUCCGUGGGCAGUGGCGACGCGCAUUCUGCUCGGCAUCGUUGACGGGUAUUGGGGGGAUUGGCGGCAUCGCCGGUGCUCUCAUCUUCAGGACGGAAGAUGCGCCGUCCUACGUACCGGGGUUUGCUGCGUGUAUGGCGUGCAAUGUUUUGGUCAUUCUGUUGGUUGGCGUCUUGACUUUAUGGUUUCGGAGCGAGAACGCAAAGGCUGAUCGAGGGGAGAAAGUGUUGUUGGAGGACCCUAAUUUCCGCUUCACGAUCUAG